GUUCUGAGAACCGAGUUAGGCUGCGGUACCGUCAGAAUCGGGUGUCUGGGAGCCAUGUGUGUAACCAGUACACAACAUCAGGUGUUUUGACAGAGGAAAAAAAGGAGCUUCUGCGAAGCGGACCAGACCUACAAGACUUUGUAUCCGGAGAUCUGUCAGACAAGAGCGCAUGGGCCGAGUAUAAAGGCAACUUAAAGCGUCAGAAAGGAGAAAGGCUGCGACUUCCUCCAUGGCUGAAAACAGAGAUUCCGAUGGGAAAGAACUACAAUAAACUAAAGAAUACCUUGAGAAGUUUAAAUCUCCAUACGGUAUGUGAAGAAGCACGUUGUCCCAACAUUGGAGAAUGCUGGGGAGGUGGUGAAUAUGCUACAGCUACAGCUACUAUUAUGCUGAUGGGUGACACGUGCACUAGAGGUUGCAGAUUCUGUUCAGUGAAGACAGCAAAAAAUCCACCUCCCCUGGAUCCCGAGGAGCCUUACAACACAGCAAAGGCCAUAGCUGAGUGGGGCUUGGACUACGUUGUCUUGACGUCUGUGGACAGGGAUGAUAUGCCUGACGGUGGAGCAGAACACUUUGCAAAGACAGUCUCUCAUCUGAAAGAAAGGAAUUCAAAAAUCCUGGUGGAAUGCCUCACUCCCGAUUUUCGGGGGGACCUGAAAGCUGUGGCGAAGGUAGCGCUCUCGGGGCUGGACGUGUACGCACACAACGUGGAGACGGUGCCGGCCUUACAGAGGUGA